UAAGCGGCACGCAUGUUAACAAGUCGUCAAGUGCAGCAUCACAUCUCUGGACAUUACUCUUAGCAUGGGAUAUAAAUCGCCGUAAAAGGGGAAUAAAUGCGACUCCGAUAAUAGUUGAAAGUGCCGAGUUUACCCACUUUUUUUUAAAACUAUCUGCCCAAUAGUAUGAAAAAAGCAAAGUGUUCGAUGGUGUGUUUGCUUGGUGGUGCCCCUCCAGCGUGGGCUUCGUAGCAUGUCCUACCCCCAGUUUGGCUAUACUUAUCCCCCUUCUUCUCAGUUGCUGAUGACGGGACAACAUCCGGCCAAUUCCUGCUACCAACCAGGAGAAACUCAGCCCAAUCCAGCCGUUUGCACCCUGUCCGGUGCGUAUGACAGUCGUCUGUUGUCUCCCUUCCCUCGUCUGCCGUCGGGCCUCGCAGUUUACAGUCCUUCCUAUCCUGAACAUGUCACCGCAUUCGGCACCAAUCCACCAACUUUCUACUCUUCUUUGCCUGGUCCUUACAACAUGAAAGAUGGCCCUGGAAACUGGACUCCACUACCUCAGGCAACAUGUUAUACAUACGAUCCUGCUUUGGCUGCUUAUGGACCUUACGGCGAAAGGUAUGGAAGCAUGGAUAGCGUGGCCAGAAGGAAGAAUGCUACUAGGGAAACAACCAACACCCUCAAAGCGUGGCUUUACGAACACAGAAAGAACCCUUACCCCACCAAAGGUGAGAAGAUCAUGUUGGCCAUCAUCACCAAGAUGACGUUGACUCAGGUAUCCACGUGGUUCGCUAAUGCUAGAAGGAGAUUGAAGAAAGAAAACAAGAUGACGUGGGAACCUCGUAAUAAGGGAGCAGAAGGGUCCGAGAACGAAUGCAAACAGGAGAAUACUGCGAGUGGAAGGGAGUCUAAGAAGAAAUCUAGUGAUAGCGACGAUAGUGAAGAUGAGAGGGAAGGCACAAAUGAGGAGUCAAAGUACGAAGAGUCGAAAGUCAUGUACACAGAGUCACCCUCCAGUGAUCCAGAGGGUCAGACACUCCCUCUGGGUCCUUACUUAGGUUCGAGUACGGAUUGCUUGACCACCGAACGUCCAAAAAUCUGGUCUUUGGCCCACACGGCAACCUCCAACAGUCCGCCCAUAUUGAGAAGGUCCCCCAGUGAUCACUAUUUGGAAAAUUCAGUCUUGGUGGGCUACCCCUGGGUCAAGAACGAGCUAAAGGAUUCCCCGGAAGCGGAAAUGGCCAACUGUCCCUCUCUUAUGCCCACUUCUAAUCUCAGGUACUGCCAAGACGACCCCGGUCCUCCCAGAUCACUAAACGACCUUAACGUCUACCAGGCACCACCACGNAAUUCAUUUAGUAAUCUAUCUGUUAAGUUUAUAUUCAGGGCCCUAUGUUAA